AUGGCGCGAGCGAGCAAAUGUUUCCGACGUCGCAUCACGCUUCCCGUAUGUGACUCGUUUCAAGGUGCGGUGGGGCGCCUGUGGGGCGCAUUGCAAGUUUGGCUGGCUGGCUGGCUGGCUGGCUGGCUGGCUGGCUGGGCUGAGUUGCCUCCUUUGCUUCGGUUCAAGGAGCCGAGAGAAAGAGGGAAAGACAAGGAAAGCGGGCAACGCAUGUUCCGUGCUCUCCCGAUUUGGACAGCGUCGAGACCUGCGAUGAAGGAUUUCAAUAAUUCCAAACGUGUCAUGGCUCAACUUGUUCAGAUACUUUCCCGGAGUGGUUCCAUGCCGCGCUCCCGGUGA